GAGAGAAGGAGAUAAACACAGAUAAGUUGGCACAGAAUUUACAAUUGUCAUAGCUGAGGAACCCAUGGACAGUCAGGCCAACUUCUUACUCGGUCCUUGACUAUUUAUUGGGCACCCUGAUGUCCCAAUGCCCCACGUUGCAUUCUCCAGCUCCGCCCAUGGGCCAGCCCAGAUGACAGACCCAGGAUCAGUUCAACAUCAGUCUCCGAGGAGCUUGGAGACACUGGGCUCCAGAAAGAACUGGACAGGCCCACUCACUGGACGUUGACACAGAAACCUGGAGACCUAGCCUGAUCUGAAGGUCUAGGGAGCUGCUAGAAUGGACAUCCUUACAAUACCUCCAUCCUCCUGCCCCAACAAGACCCUGCAGAAGCAGUGGCUGGAAACACUGGGAGCCUUCCAAUAUGUGCUGAGUUUCCUGUUUCUAGGCCCUUGUGCCUCCAUUCUCCUCUUCCUCCUCUUCUUCACGCGGCUCUGGCCUCUGACUGUUCUCUACUUGAUGUGGCUCUACGUGGACCGGGACACCCCCAGCCAAGGAGGAAGACGGUGGAAGUGGCUAAGGACCAGAAAGGUUUGGAAACAUCAAAAGGACUAUUUCCCUAUCAAGCUGGUGAAGACGGCAGAGCUGCACUCUAAACAGAACUAUGUGCUGGGAUCUCACCCCCAUGGAAUCAUGAGCACUGGAGUCUUCUGUAAUUUCCUCACUAAUUGCAACGGCUUCUCCCAGCACUUCCCAGGAAUACAGCCCUGGCUAGCCACUCUGGCCGGCCUCUUCCACCUACCAGUCUUCCGGGACUACAUCAUGGCUGUUGGACUGCGACCCGUGAGCCGUCACAGCCUGGAUUUUGUCCUGUCUCAGCCCCAGCUGGGCCAGGCAGUGGUCAUUGUCACCGGGGGUGCCCAGGAAUCCCUGUACACAACCCCAGGACAACACUGCCUUGCACUUAAGAGACACAAAGGUUUUGUUCGCCUGGCACUGAGAUAUGGGGCAUCCCUGGUGCCCACAUACUCCUUUGGGGAGAAUGAUGUCUUCAACACUAAGACUUUUGCAGAGGGUUCCUGGCCAUACCUGUGCCAAGUCAUCUUUAAGAAGAUUGUUGGCUUUCCACCCUGUGUCUUCUGGGGCCAAAGUCUCUUCUCACCCAACUCCUGGGGUCUGCUGCCCCUUGCCAGGCCCAUCACAACUGUGGUGGGCACCCCCAUCCCUGUGCCCCAGCUCAGCACACCCACUGAGAAGCAGGUUGACCACUACCACAGGCUCUACAUGGAGGCCCUGGAGCGACUGUUUGAGGAGCACAAGGAAAGCUGUGGUGUCCCUGCCUCCACCCACCUCAUCCUCUGUUAGACCUGGCCUCACCCCCAUGGAUCCCUGAGCCCAUGCCCUGAGUCUGCAGCUCUUGCUGUGCCCUGCCAUCCAGUAAAGGCUGUAUUGGAAGUGAGCAUGGCCAAGAACAGCCCCCCCCCACACCCCAUCUUGUCCUGUCCUGUACUAUCUUGCUGCAAACUUGCUGCCUGGUAUUGAGGCUCAGGACCCUGAUUCCAUGCCAGUUCGAGAAGACUCUGCUGCAAGACCUGGGACAAGGACUUCCUCUCCCUCUCUCCAUGUGAACAAAG